AUGGUCUGCGUGGCCCUGGGCCACAGGAUCAACCGGCUGGGAAGCGAGGAGCAGCAGUCUCGCACCGCCCUGUCCGAGAGAUUCUACCGGUUCUGGGGGCUUGCUGUCCGCUCACUCAACGAGCAUCUCGACCGGGAAGACGCGCGCACGUGCGACAUGGUCAUUGCCGGGGUCCUGACGCUCUUGCUCACCGAUGUAAGUCGACACUGCCCCGGGAUCAAGAAAGAAGAGCGCCCCCUGACCGUGUUCGGCAACACGACCAGCCCGGCAAGCGACCUGUUGCUGCCCGACGCCGCCCUCUCCGCCCUCCCCUUCCUCGAGCAGCAGUACGGCGCGGCCGCCUUCCUCUUCCAGCUCUGCCCGCUGCCGCUCUUCGCCGAGCUCAUCCGCAUCAACCACCUCCGUGCCCAAGCCGCCGCCGCCGCCGCCGCCGGGGCCGGGGCCGCUGCCUCCAGCCCCUCCAGCACGCCCGACCGCCUCUCCCACGCCGCCGCCCAGACCCUCUCCCGCAUCCAGCACGCCUUCUCCCCCUCCGCCUGGGCCGACGCCAAGGCUAAUAGCCGCCAAACCUGGCUCCUAAUAGCACGCAUCUACCAAACCGCAACAGCGCUAUACUGCACGCACGCGCUGCAGAGCCUGAGCCCGAGCCUGAGCCCGAGCCUGAGCCCGAGCCCGAGCCCGGCGCUGCUGGAGGAGGGCCUGGCGCUGGCGUCGGCCAAGCGUUUCCUUGUGUGGCCUGUUGUCGUCCUCGGCGCGGCGUGCGGGGCGCGGGAGGGGACGGCUGUGGACGAGAUCAGAGCGUUCGUGGUCCAGGCGCUGCUGGCGCUGGCGCAUCACUCCGGCAGCUGCGUGCCGCUGACGGCGAAACAGGUGCUCGAGGCGUUCUGGGCGUCUGGGCAGACGGGGUGGGACGCGUGCUUUGCGCGGCCGUACGUGUUUACAGGCCAGAUUGCCGUCGAUACGCGGCGGUUGUAUGGUUUGUGA